AUGGACCCGACCGGGCAGGUUCCCGAAGACGGCUUUCACACCGCUGCCUCCACUCCAACCGCCUCCACCAACUCCAAGGGGGCUAACUCCAAGGGGGCUAGCCCGACAGGGGCAGUAGUGCCCGAAUUGCUAGAGCAGGCACUGUCCAAAUUACAGGAAAUACCCGCGGUGGAGCAGGCAGCCAAAUUGUCGGACGAGGACCUGAAGAGCUUGAUUGCUUCGCAGCUGCAGCUGGUGCCUCCGAACGUGAAAACGGCCAUGAGUUACGCCAUUGUGCUUCUGCGACGAGACUUAGCCGAUUUCCGGCGCUGGGAACUGUUGGGCGAAGCUAUCAGUCUUUUGCCCGACGACUUUCGGCUGGAGUGGGAAGACACCGCCUUCGCGUGCUUCCUCAAGAGCCUGGAACUGGGCAACAGCCCCACCGCCUGCUGGUACCUGGGCCAGGCGUGUGAGGGCGAAGAAGCGCGAGACUUCUACCUCCGAGGUAAAACAGAGCUCGAGCAGCGAUGCCAGACUUAUCCGGACUCCCAGGAACUGCGGACCCAGCUGGCAGACGUCUACACGGCGCUGGCGGAACUCUAUAUGACCGAUCUCUGCUUCGAACCGGACGCUGAAGCACGGUGCAUUCAGUACCUCGAAGACGGCAACCGAUGCAAACCAAACCACUUCCCCCUGCUUGUCCAGCAGUGCUCUUACUACACCGUCACCAUGAAGCUGGAAGAGGCCAAAGACAUUGCGCAGAAGCUGUACCAAUGUCUGCAGCGGUAUUACCUGCUCUAUAAGGACAGUCCGGAAGGCAGUCCGGAACACGAUGCCGACCGGGGUAACACCAGUUCAAUGGACGCGCAGUCCUUAGAGGGGUCCGUCGAGACAUUGAAUUUAGAGGACAUGCCUGACUUUGAGGCGCAGUUGACUGUGGCGAGGAUAAUGACAGAUAUAGGGAUGCACAAGCAGGCCAUUGACGUCCUGCUCUUUCUGCACGAAAUGAAUGAUGAGGACGAUCGAACCUGGCAUCGGCUCGCGAUUGCGUACAUGCUUGACAACCAAGUCGAGUUCGCACACAACUGCGUUAGCCGGGCACUGACCCUGCGGCAAAGGUGUUCAGUGAAAAACGAGGACGCACUCGCGAAAGGAGAAAUGAGCAUUGAAGACGAACUGAAGGCGCUCAAGAAGGAAAUCGAGUCACGGAAAGAAUUAUCCUCAUGA